AUGAAGCGUGCCAAGCAGACAACGCCAGAGAUGCGCCCCUCCAUCUCCCGGCCCCGGCCGCGUGCCACCACCAGUGCCUCUACCAACGAGGGAUAUCUGGCCAAAAAAGAACCCGUCUUGAUGAACGAGCUGGCCAAGCUUAACAACCGAAAACUUGCCGUCGCCGCGAAGGAAGGACCCGACUAUGAGACCGCAUUGAGCCAGCUCGAGCACGAGGCCAAGCUUGAACACGCUGCCAUUGAUAUUUACUACAAGUACAAGCAUGAGGAUGUCGAGUUUAUGUUUGCCGAAGCCCGAGCAGAAAUCGAGCGCCGCAUCGAGGAAUUGACGGAUCAAGUCAAGCAGGAGCUCAUCAGCGACCUCAAGCAAGAAGAACAGGCCGUUUUGCAACAAAUCAAGGCUAGCGCCAUCGAUGAACGAGCCUUGGCCGCCAACAUGCCCACGCGCCAAAUGCGCAAGCGUGGCCACGACGAUAGCAAUGUCACCGAGCACGCGGAAGAGAGUGCAGUAGAGAAGUAUCAUGGAAAACCAUUCGUUCAUCUUUUGGCUGCCAACGACGACAUUUUAGCCGAUGUGAAGGCCAUGAACAGCGACGUCAUCUUUGACAAUGAAGGCGACCGUCUCUACGUGAACGAGCGCUGGUUUUAUCGCGGCGAUCGUGUGCAAGUGGACUGGCCCCAUGAAACGCGGGCACGACUUCAGGGGCAUUUGCUGGUGUGCAAUCCCAUCAUGGUGUGGAUUCGCGUUGAUGACAUUGUGAAGAUUCCACUUCCUUUGGAGGAUUUUGAACGAGGACGAUGCAUGAUGCGAACGUAUUAG